AUAAAUUAAUUAACAUGGAUUCAGGAGGUGCAAAUACUUUUGUUGUAGAACCUAAGGAUGAAGAAAAGUGAAUUUUGAAUUCUUAUAAUUAGAUUUUAUCCUGCUAAAGUGAGAAAGGUAAUUUAAGAAAUAAUGGAUGAAAAAUUAAAAAACGAAACUUAUGAUGCUAACAACACUCCUAAUUUGGCAGAAGAAUUAGUAAAAAGAAUUAGAAGCAAAGUAAGAGAAAGUAAAUUAAUAAUUUCAAUAAUUCUAAAGCAAUAAAAAUGCCAAGAUUUAAAAUUGCUGUUUAAGUUGUAAUAGGAGAAAUUAAAGGAUAAGGAUGUAAAGUCACUUCGAAAAAUCUUUGGGAUCCAACUUGGGACAAUUAUGCAUCAUAUGCAUUUUAAAAUGUAUUUCUUCUUUAUACUAUUUAUUUAUAGGACACUAUAUAUGGAGUGGCUAUUGUAUUUGGAGUCUAUUAUGAAUGA